UUUCACAAAAUUAAAAAAGUGUGUUUUCUUAAAAGCGGUUCGAAAUUUUGGUUGUUUGUUUGAAUUGAAAUAAUUAAAGUUUCCCGCAUAGAAAAAACUUAAAAAAUAAAAUAAUUAUUAAAAUGUCUGAAACAAGCUCCAAAGACACUGUUUUAAAAACAGCCAUGACUUACAUUUGUGGAGAAUGCCAUCAUGAGAACGAAAUGCGUCCUAGAGAUCCUAUUCGUUGCCGUGAAUGUGGUUACAGAAUUAUGUACAAAAAACGUACAAAACGAUUGGUCGUUUUUGAUGCUCGAUGAAAGAGGAUGGGAAUGUUUUUCGAAUGCUGGAAAGUUGGAGUAGUUAUAAGUUUGUAACUAAAAAUUAUUUUAAAUAAAGUUUGAAUAGUUUUGAUCGAA